AAAGUUUCAUUUUCAAAUUUCGGAUUUUCAACCUUCUGUCUUCGGUCACACUACUGCCCCCACCACCAACACUAUUAAGAAACUAAACUGACAUUUUUUUGGGGGGAGGUGCGGAAAACACGCUUCUACGAUUUCAAUUCACAAAUUCUUUAAUCACAUUCAAACGAACGACGACAGCCAGCCCAUACAACCAUUGACAGACAUCAGUCAUCAAAUAUAUUUAUCCAACAAAUCAGCGGCAGACGACGAAUACGAAACCAGAAUUCGAAUUCCAUACGAAAACAAAAAAAAUGGCUCACACACACCUGGGACGCGCGGUGAAAAACAUUGAGGCGCCGCGUCCGCUCAAGACACAGUCGAGAUCGUCAUUGAAGAACAGCUAUCUGGUGAUUGAGGAGCUGAUACAGCUGAUCGAUAAUGUGACAGUGGGUCUGCAGUCGUGCAACACGACCACAGAGUCGAUAACGUUGCUGUUGCACAAUCUGCGUGUGCAUGGGCCGCAGCUGGAGGCCGUGUCCAAGGAUACGCUGGAUCGGGCAUUCGUUGUGUUUCGCAAUGCUUCGCAGGACGAACGUCUGAACAUAAUGACGCGCCUUAAGCUGCUCGAACUGAUCGAAUUACGUGCCAAAAGCUGGGAGGACAAUGACACAAUUGCCUACUACAAGUCCAAACAGCAGAUAUCUAGUGUUGAGCUACCCCCGGAGCCAUACCAACAUGAUGCCAGCGUGCAGCAAGGCGGAUUUCUCAGCACCUCCCCCACAUUCGGUGUCAGCGGCGGUGGUGGCGGCAUGAAUGUUGGAGCUGCCGCUGCUGCUGCCGCUGUCUUUAAUGCGGCCUCGGCAGCUGCUGCGGCCCAGGCGGCCGCCAUUGCGGCCGUGGGCUCACCCAAUCAGCAGCACAUGCUGCUGCCACCAGGUGAAGUCAUACGCAACUCGGGCAAGUUCCCCAAGCCGACCAAGAUACCGGGCAAAACCUACUGCAAGGAUGAGGUGGUAAUCCGGAACGCUGAUUCGGGCAAAGUCAUGGGCAUCAAAGGGCGACGCGUGCACAUGAUUGAGGAACUAAGCGAAACUAUCAUAUCGUUUCAACGAGUCAACCCGGGCGCCAAGGAACGUUUGGUGCAGAUCACUGGACCGGCGGAAGAGAAAAUUAACUACGCCAAGCAACUGAUGGAGGACACAAUUCGACGCAACGCCUCGCCGGUGCGCCUGGAGCCCGCCCCAGCAGCCGGUGGCUCGUGCUCGUCCCUCAACUCAUCGAACUCGGACGACGCCGUGGUGGUGCAGCCGCGCACGCCCAGUGGCAGCAGCCUGGCGAACCGCCUGAGCUUCAAUUCGGCCCAGAACUUUAUGACUGCCCAGCAGGCAGCAGCCCAGCAGAUCUCCCAGAUCACGCAGCACCAACAGGCGCAACAGCAGCAGCAGCAGCACCACCACCAUCAGCAGCAGGUUGCCGCCAUACAGGUGGCCGCCGCAGCAGCGGCCCAGGCUCAGGCAACAGCUGCUGCCGGUAAAGUUUUGCGACCCAGCCAACAGCUGCUAAUGCACUCAUAUUCCACAAACGAUGCUUCCGUAGGUGAAUACAAGUUCACGGUCAACGUGGGCCAGCGUCUGAUCAAGAUAACCGGCGACUGCUGUGAGCUAGUGCGCGUGGCGAAGCUCGUGCUGGACGAUUACUUCAGCAGCUCGGAGUUCUUGGCAUCCAUGGAGGCUGGCGCCGCUUUUGAUGGCACCUCUCUGGUGAGCCCCGUGACCACGCCAUCCACACCGCUGCCCGGAGCUGGUCCGCCACAGUUUAUGCUGCCCUUGGCCGACAGCGGCAUCGGACUGAAUUAUGCCGCCUCCUCGGCCAACAACAAUGGCGAUGGGGACGAUGAAGUGUUCGCCGACACGACCAACGGAGCUUCACCGAAUGCUGCCAACCAGAACGGACUGGCACGCUCGCGUCGCAGUCACUUUUCGCGCAAGGAGUCCACGCCGGAGAGCAAGGGAGCUCGCGAGAAGCUGGACGUGGAGGCUCCUCCACUAAAGACAAGCACAUCACGCGUCUCUUACGAUAUUGAACACUUGAUCUACUACUCGCAAAGUCCGCAUGCCUGGGCCCUGCCCAACGAUUGGCAAAAGAUGAUGGAGACAACGCCAUCGAUUCUACGCAACAAGGUAAUUCCGCCACUCGAUGGGCAAUUGAAAUGCCACAUCGGUCGUCGUCCCUCUUCGAGCCCCGAUUCCAUCACCAAUGCACCCAAAUCACAUGCAUUAACAACGGCUAGCAUAACCAUAAAUCUAGAAGGCGAUGCGCAGGUCGCAGCCGCCGUAAGCGCUAACGAUGCAAACACCUUAACAAACGAAACUAACAAGCAAUCUAGAGUAAUACCACAAGAGCGCGAACGCGACCGCGAGCUACGUCGCAAUCCAAAGCCAUCGGCAGAGUCCGAUAGGAAUUUGUAUAAUAGACAAUUGCAAAUCAUAACCAGCACAAUGGGUGCCACCACCCAAGCAAAGUGUCGCCAGCAGCAGCUGCAUUCGCAUUCACAUUCACAUUCACAUUCAAAUCAUUCUCAGUCACAAGCGAAAGCUAUUUUCCAGCGCUAUACCGAGGAUGAUGAGUGUCUAAUGGCCUGGUUCGAUGAACAAACGCAUCCAGAGCUCAACAAUAAUCGUACAUUUGUUUAAAUGUUCUCUUUCAUUAUUCAUUCCAUUUUAUACGUAACAGAAAAUACGUAUUCGUUUUCCAAUCGAAAUAUUUUAAUGAUCUCAAAAUCUGCCAUUGAUUGGUAAUUUUUGGAAGCAGAUACCAAAAAUACCAGCAGCUUGUAGAAUCUCUAUCGUAUCGAAUAGAAGUAUUACAACUAUCACGCAUCUCAAGCUAUCUAGUUAUAGUUGCAUUAUUAAUAUUAUACGAAGAAACGAAACCAAACCAAAAGAAAACAAAUCAAUUGAUAAAGCGAAACAUUUUGCUAGUCUUAGGCGUAACCACAUGUCAUGACAUACAUACACAUACAAACAUACAUUGUAAUGCAAAUUAAAUUUAAAAUGUAACUAAGGGAAGAAUCUGUGUUUUGGCUGUGAAACAGAUUUAGUUUAUUUCGCUAGAGUUUUAGAAAUUAAGAUUUGCGGUCUUAACCGUUACCACACAAACACACAAUUAACAAACAAACACACGAAAAAAAAACGCACAUUUAAGCGCAUUUUUACAUAACAUAUAAAAACAAAAACGAACGAAA